CCAUGCUGGCCAAGGCCGAGAGGUCCCUUCAGUCUGCUUCUAACAGUGACUGACGCGAAGAGUCUGUUCCUCAGAAGGAAGCAAAAUUUAUAUUUCAUGAAAGGAGGGCCGGUUUAUACAGUCAGACUUUGAUCUAGUGGCUGCAACCACUUGGGCACAGGAUGUGGGGUGCUGAGGCCUUGUGGCGCUUUUCCAAGUACUUAAUUGCGGCUGAAAUUGCUGCCUUUGGAGGAGCGUAUUAUGUGUGGCACAAAAUGAACAUCAGCCAAGAUUACAGAAAACACAUGCAUGAGAAUCACCCCUAUGUUCUUGAACUUUUCUACCGGACGGCAGAAAUGGCACAGAUUAAAGAUGCCAGACCAAAUGACUACAGGGCUUGGGGCAUUCUCGGAAAUGCGGACAUAGAUACUAACACAAAAUCAUCAUGACGAUAGAGAUUAACUGCUAUUCACUCAUGUUUUGUAUUUUCAGUGAGUGGUAGUGUUGUAUAUGAUUACUUUUGAGAAAAUUAAAUUUUGUUCUAAAUUUUCACAUAUUUAGAAGUUAUGAUAACUGCUAAUUUCUGUAUUUAGUUGGAUGUAGUGUUUGAUACAUGUCUCUAAUUUAAACACUACAACAUGAAAGUUCUGUUUGAGUUUCUGGUAUCCUCAAGCUGUUAAUGAUGUUGCAUUUUGCAGGGAUUCUGGCCGUUAGUGUUUGAGAUUCUUCACACAUCCAAGCCCUAUCAACCUUUAUCUCGAGCAGAACAUUUUAGUGCUACAAAUGUAGUGCAUUCUGUGCAUUCUACUAAAAUGCCACGAACUUUAAAAUAUAUGUAUAAGUUUGAUCAAAACUUGUGGAAUGUUUUAACUGCUUUAACUGUAUGUGGAAAACAUGCCUCUAAUACCAUACAUGUAUUAAUUUUUAUAAGUGUACAAACCUGACUCAAAUAAAAUGAUGUACAUGUCACUACA